AUGUUUCCCCGCCGUUGGGAAGUUAUAAACCUUGAUAGCGACGAGGAGGAAGCCGACGAAAGUGGACACAAACACAAGAAAGGCUGCUGCCCUUCAACCAAAAAGAAGCCUCGCUUCGAAACCCUUGCAGAGGAAGACGAAAAGGAAAACGCCGAACCGAUCAUGAGAAGAAAAGCAGUUACAAUGACCAUCAGCAACAAGGUGAUUGCCAGCUACUUCCAAACUCCGAGCGCUGCUGGUAGUAAAAAGGGUGCCAAGAAGGUUGCCUCCGAGCACGGAAAGGCCGUGCUAGAUCUCGUCAACCGAGGCACGAUCAAAGAAGUGCAAAUUCUACCCACCGUUGGACUCAAAAUGGCAUAUCAAAUUGUCACUCAUCGCACAAUCAAUGGUAAAUUCAAGAAAAUCGAAGAUUUGUCGAAGCUGUUUGCCGGUGGCAGAAAGUGGACUAAGUUUCUUGAGGUGAGAUAAUCACUCAGUCCAACUGAAAUGCGCCCA